CCUGGGAACAGAAUAACAGCCCCCCUGGAGAGUUACAUGGUAUGUUAGGCUGGACAGGACAAAUAGGGAAAGAUAAAGCUGAAAGACUGAGACAGAGAGCAGCAGUGAUUCUAGCAAUAUACACACUACUUCAGUCAGUUGUCAUGUCACAGCCAGAAGAUGGGGAGGAGGGACAGCUGAAGCGUCCUGAGGUGAGCGCGGAGGAUCUGAUUGGAGCGAAGGAUAACCUGAGCUCCGAAGGAAAGCUGAAGGGCAAAACCAUACAAGUGAUGGAGGAGUGCGAGCGUAUGGGUAAAGCUGCCCCGUCUGUGUUCAGCAAUGUGCGUUCAGGGGGAGAGACCGUCUUCAACAAGCCCCAAGCUCGACCAAUCAGGAAGUAGCAGAGACAGUGCCACCACUUGUUAUACUCCAGCCUGGGCCGUGUUGAAACCCUCACAGAAGCCACAUUAAAGGGCCUCGUGGUCUAGGAUUAUCUUCUAUUAAUAAUGAAUUGAAAAUUGCUGUGGAUAAGAGCAUCUGCUAAAGGACUGAUAUGUAAAAGUAAAGUAAAAGCUUCAACCCUCA